UUCCCAGAGACGCGAUGAGUACAUCUUCGAUAUCAGUGCGUGUUAGUUGAGUGUUAAGAGAGAAAAAAUAUACAAAGAAUUAUAACAAUUCAGUGAUUUUCAAAAUCCUUGACUCAAUUAAAACUAGAAAUCAUUUAAAACGUAGUCAAAGCAAUCUAAAAUGUUUAUUGAUUGGUGGCCAAAUGAAGACAUUUUAACUAGAAUAUAAAGCGUCAAUGUUGUUUAUUCAAGCACUUCAGAAUAGUCAAUUUCUAUUGAUUUAACGAAAGCGAUUACUUUAUCUGCAUUUUUGAUUUUUUGGUGAAGUUCAAAUGAGUCAAAGUUCGUGAAUUACCUCUGGUGCCAACAGCUUAUGUUCUUUUUUUGGAAAGUAGGAGUGUGUUGCGUGACGAUUGGAGGAAAAUAGCAAACAAUAUUUUUUUGUGCUUAAACCACAUCGUAUUGAUCGAAUUAUAAAGACACUAAGCCAGACACUGAAAAUUGUUUUUAACCUGUUAUUCUAACUGAAAAAAAACUGUGUUUACACCCAACAGAAUCAUAACAAUCAAACACGCAAACUAAGUUGUAUUUUGGUGUUGGAAACUUAAUUUGAGUCAGAUCCCAAAGCGCAACACAAUAUAGCGGGUGUGAGGAAUCCACCAAGGCGUUGUUGGACGAUAUGAAAGUAACCACACAUUGAAUUGAUUCAUUGUUGGACUGAAUCGAAAAGUGUGUCAUUUUUAAUUUGUACUCAAUUUGUUUUGCCUGUAAAUUGUUUGUGUUUUAAUAAUUUUUACCCACCCACCUCUAUUCUUUCGACGACUAUCGUAUUCACUACCUCUUUACUCGAAUGACUGCAAAACCAAAGCAUUUCACUUGUAAUACCAUUGAAUAAACGAAUAGUGUUCUCAUCUUCCUGUCAUUGCUAUCGCCUCAAGAGAUGCUGUCCCAAUUUAUGAUCUGAUUUAUAUGCUUCUAAUGUAAUUUAAAGUGAGCUAGUGUUUUUAAUUUUGAAUGACGUUGAUGUGUUUUUUUUUCAUUCUCAACGAAUUACGUCGUAACAUUUACAAUGUUUCAAUUACACAAACAAUAACAACGACUUUUCACUUUGUCAGAACGUUAUUAAUUUUAGUGCUAUAAUCAAAUUGAUUCUAUAAAACAUUUUUAUAUACAAUACGUAGAAUGUACAGCUACAAAGAUGUACAACUCGCGUUAAUGAUUAGUGUGAAGAGAUUUAGUGAUCGUUUGGCAGUUUUAUAUAAAUACAAAUGAACAUGGCCAAAUUUACAUUGUCAACGUGCAAUUGAAUUAAAUGGACUCUCACGCAGCAAUAAUAUUAUUAUCAAAUUAAUUAAGUUUUAUACGACAAAUUCUCAAAGAAAAGGAAGAGCUAAUUAAGUGAUUGUGUAAAAGCAAUACUAAGAAGACCUUUUAUUCACUGAUUUUUAUAUACACAUAUUCAUAUAAGCAAACAACCUUAUCCACUUUGAUCUCAACAGAUAUUUUUGAAAACCUUGGACGAUGGAUAGCGAUACCGAAGCGCCAAAAGAUCCUGGCGUUAUCAAUCAACGAUAUACAGAACAGGACUAUGAAGGCCAUCGUGCCCAUACAGUUUUCUUUGGAGUCCAUAUGCCAAACAGCCGUCGACACUCGCAUCGACGACACAAACAUCAUCAUAAAGAAGGCGACAAAGUUUCGGAAUACGAUCGACCAAGGUCAAAUUCUGUUAUCGGACUUACACGGCGCCGUGUUAGCAUUACUGAUGAAGGAGGCUUAACUCCCCCAGCGCAUCGUGUACAAUUUAUACUUGGUGAAGAUAUCGAUGAUGGUGCUGAGUCGCAUCCGCUCUUUUCAGAGAUGGAGGAAUUGGUGAAGGAUGGCGAUGAGAUUGAAUGGAAAGAGACUGCCCGAUGGGUAAAAUUCGAAGAAGACGUAGAAGAAGGCGGUGAUCGUUGGUCAAAACCUCAUGUUGCUACGCUAUCAUUACAUUCCCUAUUUGAAUUGCGAAGCUUGUUGACAAACGGUACUGUUAUGCUUGAUAUGGAGGCAAGUAAUCUGGAGGAAAUAGCCGAUUUAGUUUGUGAUAACAUGGUGAAUGCUGGCUCGUUGCCAUUUGCAUCCCGAGAAAAAGUACGCGAUGCAUUGCUGCUACGCCAUCGACACCAGCACGAGCGAGAAGCCAAAAGGAAAGAUAACAUGAGUCGUCUACCAAUUAUCAGGAAUCUGGCCGAAAUCGGACGCAAUCACUCGUCUUCAAAAAACCUACAGCAAGCCAGCAAGCCAGCCACAUCUUCAUAUUCAUUACAUUUAAACGAUACUACGGCUGAUAUCGAUGACAUCAUUCCAUCUCAGCAAACUGCUCAAUUGAGUGGCUCUAAAAAAGAUGCACGUGGUCUAUAUCUCGCUGUUCCAACCACAGGUGACAUGAACACAUUCCAAUUGAACAACAUUGGCGUCACAACGUGCUUUCAUGCAGGUGCCACAACUUCCGAUGUUGCAAACAUUCCAAGCACUUCAUCAUCAUCCCAACUUGCAAUGAAAGUGAUAGACGAUCAACAAAACAAGUCCGGCUUAACGCCGUCACCGUCGAAUGCAUUUUCACCACCAAACUCAAAUGCAGAUAGCACAAGUGGAAUGAAACUUUUAAUGGUUCCUGGUCAAAAUGCUCAAAUUGGUAGCUUUUCAUCGGGAGAUGAAAUGGUUAAAAGUCCAAGCAGUAUGUCGAUGCCUCGUAACGCUAGUUCCUCUGAAUUGCAAAAUGGUUAUGAUCCGCACAAAAACAAUACACAUUUCAUGAAGAAAAUCCCUCCCGGCGCAGAAGCCUCAAAUAUUCUCGUUGGUGAAGUUGAAUUUUUGGAUAAAACAUUAUCAGCCUUCCUCAGACUCAAUAAGGCCUCAAUUAUGGGAGACUUAACUGAGGUUCCAAUUCCCACAAGAUUCUUAUUCAUUUUGCUUGGUCCAGUCGGUAGUCACGGCAGUUUUCAUGAAAUCGGAAGAGCUAUGGCUACUCUAAUGUCAGAUGAAAUAUUUCAUGAGGUAGCUUAUCGAGCUAAGAAACGUGAUCAUUUGUUGGCUGGUGUUGAUGAAUUUUUGGAUGCAGUAACAGUACUUCCGCCAGGUGAAUGGGAUCCAACGAUACGUAUUGAACCUCCAGCCGCCAUUCCCAGUCAAGAAGUGAGAAAACGAAAACCGCCAGAAAAACCCAGUUCAAAAGAAUUGAAUCACGAAGAAGACGAGCAACGGCAAAGAGAAGAAUCGGGUUUAGUGCGUAGUGGUGAAUUGUUUGGAGGACUAAAAAAUGAUUUGCGUCGCAAAGCACCGUUUUAUUGGUCGGAUUUUAAGGAUGCGGUAAAUAGUCAAUGUAUUGCAUCGUGGAUAUUUUUAUACUUUGCCUGUUUAUCACCAAUUAUUACAUUUGGAGGUUUGCUAGGUGCAGCAACAGGAAACAAUAUGGCUGCGAUGGAAUCACUUGUGUCUGGUUUUAUUUGUGGCAUCGGUUAUGGUUUCUUCUCUGGCCAACCGUUGACCAUUCUCGGAAGUACAGGUCCGGUGCUUGUGUUUGAGACAAUCGUUUACAAAUUUUGUUUGGCCGCCGAGUUGGACUACAUGUCGUUUAGAUUUUGGAUCGGCACUUGGAUUACAAUCGUUCUUAUAAUUAUGGUUGCGAUAGAUGCAUCGGCUUUGGUUUGCUAUAUCACAAGAUUCACUGAAGAAAACUUUGCCACAUUGAUUGCUCUGAUCUUCGUCUAUAAGGCAAUUGAAAAUGUGCUAUCGAUUGGAGCAAAAUAUCCAAUAACGUCAUCGGACGAGAUAUAUGAUUGUGUUUGUCAAUCUCCAUUCGAUAAAUAUGAUUUCAGUUGGGCAAAAUACACGAGCGCUCAAUGUAUUGCACUUAAUGGUACACGCGUCGGAACUGACUGCGACAAACCGGAACCAGUAGGGAAUGUUUUCCUUAUGUCGAUUGUUCUGUUCUUUGGAACAUUUACCACAUCAGUAAUUUUAAAAGACUUCAAGAAUGCUCUAUUCUUCCCAUCAAAGGUCCGUCAAUUAAUUAGCGAUUUUGCUGUAAUUAUUGCCAUAUUUUCAAUGACAACAUUGGAUUACUAUACCGCCAUACCAACACCAAAAUUGGAUGUACCAUCGGAUUUCAAGCCAACCAUAAGCACACGUGGAUGGAUAAUAUCUCCUUUUGUAAAUCAUUUCUGGUGGUGGAUAAUUGCAUUUUUCCCAGCAUUGCUGGGUGUCAUUCUCAUUUUUAUGGACCAACAAAUAACCGCAGUAAUCGUCAAUCGAAAAGAAAACAAAUUGAAAAAGGGCUGUGGAUACCAUUUGGAUUUGUUUGUAUUAGCAAUUCUCAUUCAGAUUUGUACAACAUUUGGUUUGCCAUGGUUUGUCGCUGCCACAGUACUGUCAAUCAAUCAUGUAAACUCAUUAAAACUUGAAUCGGAAACUGCGGCCCCAGGGGAAAAACCACAGUUUUUAGGUGUACGCGAACAGCGUGUGACUCAUAUCUUCAUCUUUUUAACCAUCGGAGGCAGCGUUUUUCUUACACCACUUCUUAGCCAUAUCCCCAUGCCUGUGUUAUUUGGAGUAUUUUUAUAUAUGGGUGCCGCUUCGUUGAAAGGUCUUCAAUUAUUUGAUCGCAUCUUGAUCAUGUUCAUGCCCGUCAAAUAUCAACCCGAUUACAUGUUCUUAAGACAGGUUCCACUGAAACGUGUUCAUAUCUUUACAUGCAUACAGUUUGCGUGUCUUGUGGUUUUGUGGAUGAUUAAAUCGUAUUUCUAUACUUCAAUUUUAUUCCCAUUGAUGUUGGUUGUAAUGAUUGGCAUUAGAAAGUCAUUGGAUUGUCUAUUCACUCAUCGUGAAUUAAAAAUUCUCGAUGAUAUUAUGCCCGAAAUGACGCGGCGUGCGGCUGUUGAAGACAUGCAUAAUUUAGAAGAGGGAGAGCAACAAGACCAACCACCACCAUAUCCAGGAGAUUUAGAAAUUUCGAACGCAAAGCUAUCAUUAAUCAUACCAUCGAAGCCAAUCAAUAUCACCGAAGAGGUAAAUAAAACAACCAUUUGGAAGCAAGUAAAUGAAGGAAAAAAUGACCACAAUACAAAGAAAAUAAACAUACCGAAGCAUACAAAAAGUUCAUCGUCCGGCGAGAAAAAAGGAGAUCGAAAAAAUUUAAGUCCAAACAGUGAACAACGCUUGACAACAAUGGCCGAAGAGGAAGAACACGGUGAACAAACCAAAAAAACCACAUCACAAAAUUUAUCUCAGCCAAUUUCAAAGCAGCUACAAUGGUUCAAGGGCAGUUUCAACAACAAAAACUCAAAAAGUGAAGAGACCAGAGUUUAAAACAAACAAACAAAAAUCACAC